UCCCUUUGCCCCGGACCCUUGCGAAACAAGUCCUGUAAGUUGGGGCUGGCAGGCAGGGGAGGCAGGACGCUCUAGACCGCCCUCCCGCCCUUGAAUCCGUCCCGCCCCCAGCAGAGUUCAACCCAGCCCCACUAUGCAGAAAGCGGGACUGCUGCUAGGUGGCUGGACUCGAGCGUGGAGGUGGGUGAGAAUGGCCAGCUCCGGGGUGACUCGCCAAAACCCACUCGCGAAUAAGGUGGCCCUGGUCACUGCCUCCACCGACGGGAUUGGCUUCGCCAUCGCCCGACGUCUGGCUGAGGAUGGGGCCCACGUGGUCAUCAGCAGCCGCAAACAGGAGAAUGUGGACCGUGCUGUGGCAACGCUGCGGGGAGAGAGGCUGAGUGUGACUGGCAUCGUGUGCCACGUGGGGAAGCCAGAGGAUCGAGAAAAGCUGGUAGCCACGGCUGUGAAGCUUCACCAAGGGAUUGAUAUCCUGGUCUCCAAUGCCGCUGUCAACCCUUUCUUUGGAAGCCUAAUGGAUGUCACAGAGGAGGUGUGGGACAAGGUUCUGAGCAUUAAUGUGACGGCUACGGCCAUGUUGAUAAAAGCGGUGGUGCCAGAAAUGGAGAAACGAGGAGGCGGCUCGGUGGUGAUCGUGGGUUCCGUAGCAGGCUUCACUCCAUUCCCUGCUCUGGGCCCUUACAAUGUCAGUAAAACAGCUUUGCUGGGUCUUACUAAGAACUUCGCCGCAGAGCUGGCCUCAAAGAACGUUAGAGUGAACUGCUUGGCGCCUGGACUCAUCAAGACUCAGUUCAGCAGUGUGUUAUGGAAGGACAAAUCAAAAGAGGACAUCAUAAAAGAUAGCAUGAAAAUUAACAGGCUAGGCAAACCAGAGGAUUGUGCUGGCAUAGUUUCUUUCUUGUGCUCUGAAAAUGCCAGUUACAUCAAUGGCGAGACGGUAGUGGUUGGAGGAGGCACCCCUUCUCGCCUCUGAGGACCGCCUCUAAGGACCGAGAGACAGCCUAC